AGUCAGACUUUAUUAAAUGCUGAGUCAGCACAUUGAAAAAAGAUAAUAAUUGUCUUCUAAAGAGCAAAGAGCUAGCUGCUAUUGCGAGGAGGAUAUAAUGGCGGUAUCUACACAGUCUAGUACGGUGGAGUCGGUGACUAGCGGGGGCGGCGGUGAUUGGAGCUCAUCAGAUGAGGACGAUUAUGGGGAUUAUUACGGAGGGGAAGAUGGAGACAUGUCGUGUCAGGGGACCCCCCAGGAUGCGUCCUUUCAGAGUGACCCGGAACACUAUUCCUUCAGCUGCCUGUCAACGGAGGAGACUUGGAACUAUCUGGAUGCCAUUGCCAGGGUUAUCAGUAAGACCAUCAAGAGUGACGUCCCAUUGGCCAGAGCAUUGCUUCACUGUCUGCAAUGGAACACUAAGGACGUCGUUACUAGAUACUCAUCUGAUAGAGGGCGGCUAUUAACUGAGGCUCACAUGCUACCUGCCACGCCCACCUCACAUCUUACAAUGGUGUCGUCAUGUCCUGUGUGUUUGACCCCUGCGGACCAGACAUCGCUCCAAGGAGUGGGGUGUGGUCACUUGUUCUGCUCUGGUUGCUGGGACGACUACGUGAGCAGCAAGAUACGCAAUGGUGUCUCCACAAGCCUCGAGUGUAUGCAGUGUCCUGUUAGACUGAGUCUGGAAAUGGUGCAGCUGUUUCUGAAGACCAACACACACACGACUGCAAGGUAUCUGGAGCUGUCUCUGUCUGAGUACGUCCUCUCCCACACUCUCCUGCGCUGGUGUCCCGGUCCUGACUGCUCCAUCGUCUUCCAGGUAGAGGAAAGACAACCAAAGAGAGUCGAGUGCUCAAAGUGCAGAACUAACUGCUGUUUCAUGUGUGGCGAUGUGUACCACCUCCCGUCAGAUUGUGAAACUCUUCGGACAUGGAUGAACAAAUGCUCCGAUGAUUCAGAAACAGCCAAUUACAUCCUCGCUAACACUAAGGAUUGUCCCAAGUGCAAGACGGCCAUUGAAAAGAACGGAGGCUGCAACCACAUUAACUGUACGAGAUGUAGCUACGAUUUCUGCUGGAUGUGUCUGGGAGAGUGGCGGUCUCACACUGGCUACUUUGAGUGCAACAAGUACAAAGCUGAGAAAGACACCACAAACAGAGCACGACAAGCUUUGGAAAAGUACCUAUUUUACUACCAGAGGUGGGCCAACCAUACCGAGAGCUUGCGGCUGGAGGAGGAAACAAAGAGAAAGAUAGUUGAUCGUAUUGAAGAGAAGGUGUCGAGUGGGUGUGGCACAUGGAUAGACUGGCAGUACCUCAUAGAUGCUGCAGAGCUACUCAGGAAGUGUCGCUACACUCUCAAGUACACCUACCCAUUUGCCUACUAUGAGGAGGGGGAAAGGAAACCUCUGUUUGAGUACCAGCAAGCACAGCUGGAGGUUGAGAUAGAGAACCUAUCCUGGAAGAUUGAGAGAGCUGAGAGUACGGACGUGGCGGACAUUAGGCAGCAGAUGAACGUGACCGAGGUACAGCGACUCACACUACUCAGAGACUUUGUACCAUAACUAACUAGCAGUUCAUAUUUAUAGCUUCUGUCAUGUCGUGUCCGUUUGUGGACAUUAUUAUUAUCAGCGUUUUGUAAUAA